ACAUAACCCAGAGUUCCGAGUGUCAACCAAUCAGAGAUGCAUAUUUUGCAUAGCCGCAGCAACGUCAUCAAACGUGGUCUAGAUUCCGUUUUCAUGGCGCUGCCCGUUCACACGUGAAUCUGAGAAAGCACUGGAAUAUUUUUGUUUGGCUUAUCUUUUGCCACGAUGAAGAGUCAAGCUCUUGUACCUCAAUCUGAUUCUCUCAAGAAAAAGAAAGUCAAACACAAUGUAGAUGAAAUCACAUGUGUACAAGAUGAGAGAAAAGAGGAGAUGAAUGGCAAGAAAAAGAAAAAGAAGAAGAAGAGCGAGGCUGAUGAUGAGGUGUGUGAACAUACAGAAAACAUUUCAGAGAAGAAUACACAGAUGAUUCAAUCUGCUGACACAAACACCCAUGAGGAAAACACUGAGAUACACAAACAUAAGAAGAAGAAGAAGAAAAGGAAAGCUGAGGAGCUUGAAACAAGUACACACUUAAAUGGAGAUCAAGAAGAGAAUAUACACAAGAAGAAAAAGAAGUCUGAAGUAUGUGUUCCUGUAGAAAAUACUACAGAGGAACCGCAGGAUACUGAACAGCUGGAGGACAUACACAAGCAGGAAGAUCACACAAAGAAGAAGAAGAAGAAGAAGAUAAGAAAACACAAGGAUUCUGAAGCUGCUGUUCCUGAAUCAGAUCCAGUGACGCCACAGGAAGAAGAAACAAAUACACACGCUGCUAAAGAGAGAGCAGAGAAAAGUACAGCUGAGAGUUCUGGAGAUGUGUGUGAACCGUCUGGAGUGGAGGAUGGAAAUGGCUCCGAUGGAGAGGAAGAACUGAGUCCUGAGGAGAAACGAGUGCUGGAGAGGAAGGUGAAGAAGAUUCUGAAAAAGGAGGAGAAGAAGAAGCUGAAGGAAGAAGGCAAAUACACAAAACCGGAGAAGAGCAAGUCAAGCGUUAAAGAGAAGCAGGCGCUGGAGUACCUCACAUGCUGGUCUGAGAAACGAGAAGAAUGGAAGUUUAAUAAAAACAGUCAAACCUGGUUACUGCAUCACAUGUAUGACAGCGUGAAGGUGUCUGACGAUCAUUUUGAGGUGUUGUUAUCGUAUCUCGACGGUCUACGUGGAACGGCACGAGACUCAACACUACAGAAAGCUGAAGCGAUUGUGCGAUGGGAAGGACAAGGAGAAGAGGCAGAUACAGCAGAUGCUGAAAAGAGGAAACUGAGAGCCAAGCAGGUCGUCCAGAUGCUGUGAUGGACCCGAUCAUUAAACAAAAUAUCAAAAAUGA